GACCGGAGUCACCAUAUCCAAGAGCGAUUACGUGCGCGCCGAGAAUGUCUGGCAGCGGUUCUCCAUCCAAACCUUAGGCGACUACAGCGAUUUAUAUAUGAAGAUAGAUGUCUUGUUAUUGGCCGACAUUUUUGAAAAUUUUCGCGAUAGUAGCAUCAACAGUUAUGGAUUAGAUCCCGCGUAUUAUUAUACUUUGCCUGGUUUCACGUGGGAUGCCAUGCUGAAACACACGCGCGUAAAUUUCGAGCUGCUCACAGACAUCGACAUGGUCAUGUUUGUGGAACGCGGUAUACGCGGUGGUUUGAGCCAGUGCUCGAACAGGUACGCUCGAACCAAUAACAAGUACAUGCAGUCUUACGAUCCAUCGAAACCAUCCUCGUACCUGAUGUACUUUGAUGUUAAUAAUUUGUAUGGUUGGGCGAUGUGUCACCCACUUCCAUAUGCAAAUUUUCGAUGGAUCGAAGAUAUUACGAAUUUCGACGCGAGCGCAAUCGCUGCGGACCCAUCGACAGGUUACAUUCUCGAGGUCGAUCUCGAGUAUCCGCAGCAUCUUCACGACGCGCACAUUGACCUACCGUUCUGUCCAACGCGCGAUAAACCACCCGGCAAGCGGCAGGAUAAACUUCUCGCGACAGUGUAUGAUAAGAAGCGUUACGUCAUACACUAUCGCAACCUACAACAGUGCACGCGUCAUGGGCUUCGCGUGACAAAAAUACAUCGUAUAUUGGAGUUCUCGCAAUCUCCAUGGCUCCGCGAUUACAUCGAGCUUAAUACUCAGUUUAGAACACGUGCGACAAACGAUUUCGAAAAAAAUUUAUACAAAUUAAUGAACAACGCGGUAUUUGGCAAAACAAUGGAAAAUGUACGGAAUCAUGUCGACGUUAAACUUCUAACAAAGUGGGAUGGUCGUUACGGUGCGGAGGCGAUGAUUUCGAAACCAAAUUUUCAUAGUCGCAGCAUCUUUUCAGAAAAUUUAAUCGCCGUGGAAUUGCGAAAACUUGAAGUGAAAUUCAACAACCCAAUCUACGUGGGUAUGUGCAUCCUCGACAUAUCCAAGAUCUGCUUGUAUGAAUUUCACCAUGAAUACAUGCUGCCCCUGUACAGUGACAAGUGUAGAAUCAUGUAUACCGAUACCGACAGUCUCAUAUACCACGUCAAGUGCGAGGAUGUAUAUGAGACUGUGAAACGCGAUAUACACAGAUUCGACACGAGCAAUUAUCCGGUUGACAACGCGUAUGGCAUACCGAGUGUAAAUAAGAAAGUGCCUGGUCUAAUGAAGGACGAAAACAAUGGCGCGAUCAUGAUGGAAUUCGUGGGACUCAGAGCGAAAAUGUAUGCGUUGCGAGUCGAUGGUAAGAAGGAUACGAAGAAGGCGAAAGGUGUCAAAAGUAAUGUAGUAGCGCGAACAAUAUCUUUUGAUGAUUACACACAUUGUCUGCGAGACGAGAUCGAGAUGACGCGUCAGCAGUCGUGUAUUCGAUCUAAACUGCAUCAAGUUUACACUAUAGCCGAGACGAAAAUCGCUCUGAGUCCAUACGACGACAAACGAUACGUCAUGCCUGAUUCGACCGACACAUUACCAUGGGGACAUUACCAGAUACCUCUAUAAUAUAUUCACACCAUUAUUGUACAUUAUAGAAUA